AUGACGUUUGGUCAUCCGGAAGGCAUUGAGGAGCUCGAAGACCCUGACGCCAUGGCCGCGCAUGUAUUGAGCCAGCAUGAGGAUCCCGCCUCGUACGAACUUCCCACUGCGCGUGAUACUGCUCCACGAACUCGAAACACUAAAGACCCAGAAGCCCCUCGAAAAGCUCCCAGAUCAACGGAACCCAGCUCUUUCAAGAUCGUUCCCCCUGCUGUUUCAAACCCGAAUGAUUACGAGUACCUCCCUGGUCACUUCGUGGCGCGCCGUAUCUUAGAUAUCGACUCAUCGACCGCCAAAGAGCCUCUUUACACUGUGCGCCUCCAAAGCGGAGAGCGUGAAACUAUGACCCACAAUCGAUUCAUGGAUCUGGGCAACAGCACCAAGGCCCUAGACCAAUACACCCAAGACUCCGGCUCGGAUGAUGAUAUCAUGUUGGUUGGACAGAGACCGCUCUCUUACAGACCCCUCCAUGCUGGUGAUGGGCCGGCAUCCGACGGUUCGUACUCUGACACUCGAACUCGGCACACUCGAACUCGGCGCAACCUUAGCCGUCCAGCUGCACGUGGAGGAUACUUGGGGUUUUACCAAAAUGAUCCCAGCUCUAGAGAUAGCGAAGAAAGCUCCACCGAUGAGCUUACUGAUGCUCGGCUUCACACCAGAAAACCGAGACAAGGCGCCAGGCGGGCCGGAAAGCGGGGACUCAGGCGAGGACCCAGGCCAGGCCUUCGAUCAACUCGUCCUUCAUCCUCGGACGAGUACUCUCCUCUGGCAAAGGCCACACGAGUCUCGGCACGUGAUAGGAAAUCGCUUCGACAGAAUUUACGGGAACGAUAUGAGGACGAUGUUUCGGAGUUUGCAAGUGACACUCCUAAGAAGCAAAAAUAUACUGGAGCCAAGGAGACUUUCCAAAUCACCUCGCACGAUGACGAAUUUCGGCAACGCCACUUUGCUUGCUGCGAUACCUGUAGUUAUUACGAGGACGAUUCGGUGAAGGGGCCAUUGGUCUUUUGCCAAGGUUGCAGCACAUCGUACCAUCAAACUUGCCUCGGUCCGCGGAACAGUCGAGAACACCUUGUAACCAAGAUCGAUGAGGGUCACUUCAUUCUACAGUGUCGACGUUGUCUUGGCGUUGCUCACAAGAAACAUGAUAUGUCUCCACAUUUGGGCGAAUGCGCGAAUUGCCAUGAGCUCGGCCCAAUGUCUCGGCCUUUGCGACAGCGUCUCACCUCCAAAGAGGAGCAGCAGCAGCGUGUCGCUAAUUAUGGUAUGGACCCCGUCACCCCAGUUGAUAGGACUCGGGUGAACAACAUCGACAAUCUCCUGUUCAGAUGCACCGGAUGCCAUCGAGGCUUUCACGUGGAAUGUCUCAAACCGAUGACAAACAUCGAUACAUUCGAUAACUUCUCGGAUUACAGCGUCCACUGGCAAUGUAAUGAAUGCUCCAAUGCCCCCGGUGACAUUCAAGAGAUCCUUGCCUGGCGUCUCAUCGAACGCGAAUCCAUGGGAUCGAACAUUCCCCAUUCUGAGAUCAUCCCAGAAGUAAAGAAAGAGUAUUUAAUCAAGUGGAAACGCAAGUCUUACUUCCGAGUUGCUUGGAUGCCGGGUGACUGGGUCUAUUGCAUCAGUAGCCCCACUACGCGUCGAUCCUUUCUUAUGUCAGACAGUGCUCGAAAGCCAACUUGGACAACAGAAGAUGCAGUUUCUGAGGACAAGCUGCGGGUAGACGUCGUCUUCGAGGUGACAUACCGGGAAAAUACCGUCGAGAAAGACAAGUCCAACCCCGAGAUGGUCAAAGAGGCCUAUGUCAAAUACAAAGGCCUGAACUACGAGGACACGGUAUGGGAGAAGCCACCCGAGCCAAAUAAGGCAGACGACAAAGACCGAUGGGCAGACUUCUCGACUGCUUUCAAUGACUGGUUGGCCCGGGGCGAUAUUUCGAUUCCAGACCGGAACAAACUCAAUGAACGAUUGGCCUUGAUUCGGACCAAAGACUUCGAGCAAGAUCUGGUUAUGCACACCCAAUCAGAUAUGAUUACUGGUGGUGACCUCAUGGCAUAUCAACUGGACGGUGUAAAUUGGCUUUACUACAUGUUUGUGAGACAGCAGAAUGCCAUUUUAGCGGAUGAUAUGGGUCUUGGGAAAACCAUACAGGUCAUCGGCCUACUCACGGCCCUAAUUCAAAAACACUCAUGCUGGCCCUUCUUGGUAGUUUGUCCAAAUUCGACCGUUCCGAAUUGGCGACGUGAGAUCAAGAACUGGGCACCGAGCCUUCAAGUCGCCACUUAUUUCGGCACUCAAUAUUCGCGCCAGAUGGCCAGAGAUUACGAAAUGUUUCCACAGGGCGGGAGGGACCUCCACUGCCAUGUUGUGAUCGCUUCAUACGAAAGCAUGAUCGAUGACGACACAAAAAGGGUUCUAAACAAGGUUCCAUGGGCAGGAUUGGUGGUAGAUGAGGGACAACGCCUGAAAAAUGACAGAUCCCAGCUCUACGAAAAGCUCUGUCGUAUGAAGUUUGACUUCAAAGUCCUUCUGAGUGGAACUCCUCUCCAGAACAACAUUCGCGAGCUUUUCAACCUACUCCAGUUUCUUGAUCGAGACAAGAACGCAGAAGAGUUGGAAAAGGAAUACAGCUCCCUUGAUUCGGGAAAGAUUCGGACACUUCAUGAAUUGAUCCGUCCUUUCUUCCUUCGUCGUACCAAGGCGGAGGUUCUACCGUUCUUGCCUCCAAUGGUUCAAAUCAUCGUCCCCGUCUCAAUGUCUCUUGUGCAGAAGAAACUAUACAAAUCAAUUCUUGGAAAAAACCCUCAGUUGAUCAGGGCCAUUGUCAAGAAACAGACCGGUCAAAUCAGAAAGCAGGAUCGGCAUAACUUGAACAACAUCUUGAUGCAACUCCGGAAGUGCCUUUGCCACCCUUUCAUCUACAAUAGAGCCAUUGAGGAGUACACUAGUGACUCCGUCUUGGCACAGAGGCACUUGGUGGAGGCCUCUGGGAAGCUUCGAUUGCUCAACUUGAUGCUGCCAAGGUUGCAGGAGCGCGGACACAGGGUUUUGAUUUUCAGCCAAUUUUUGGAAAACCUUGAUGUUGUGGAGGACUUCCUCCACGGCCUUGGCCUAAAAUACGGUCGGCUGGAUGGCAGACUAUCCGCUAAAGAUAAACAGCAACAAAUCGAUCAAUUCAACCAGCCUGGCUCUCCGAUUUUUGCGUUCCUGCUGUCAACUCGAUCGGGCGGUGUGGGAAUCAAUCUUGCUACUGCCGAUACAGUCAUCAUCAUGGACCCUGACUUCAAUCCCAAGCAGGAUAUGCAAGCUUUGUCGCGAGCCCAUCGAAUUGGCCAGCAGAAAACUGUCCUUGUUUUCCACUUGACAACGCGCGCGUCGGUGGAGGAGAAAAUUAUGCUAAAGGGCAAGAAGAAGCUGGCGCUCGAUCAUGUUCUAAUCGAACGCAUGGAGGCCGAUGAAGAUGAAGAGGAUCUAGAAUCAAUUCUUCAACAUGGUGCAGCAUCUCUAUUUGAUGAUGAUGAUUCAGCUGAUAUCCACUACGACUUGCCUUCUAUUGAUAAAUUGCUGGACCGCAGUCAAGUUGAAAAAAAGGAGCAAAGUUCCACCAAUGAUUCUCGUUCAACUGAACAGCCGAAAUUCAAUUUUGCACGCGUCUGGCAGAAUGAUCGGGGUACAUUGGAAGAGGUUGCCGAAGAGACUGAAGAGAUCAUACCUGCCGAUGUUGCUGCCUGGGAAAAAAUUCUCCGCGAGCGUGAGCGCGAUGCCAAUGAAGAGGAAUAUUCGAAAUUGGAGGGUCUUGGCCGUGGUAAGCGCAAGCGAGCCACGGUCAACUACCAGACUACUCGAGAGGAAGGAGCAGAGGAUCACGAUAUUCUCGAGUCCUCGCCUGUCAAGCGACGGGGCAAGUCACAUCGCAACGAUGACAGUGAUGUCGAAUUUCGGGAGGGCAGGCCAGAAAGCGAGUCGGCGGACGAUGAGGACGCAGGCGCAAAUCCUAUGGAUAUGGACCUGCAUAGCGAGACGCCUCCGAGGCCGAAAGCCCGUCCCUUCGAGCGCGUGCAGAUGCCGCCAAAUGCGAUACCAUCUAGUCUCGAUGGCGCUUUAGAUCCCCAUCCUUACUUGCAAGCUGGUCCGACAUGUCUUGCAUGCGGCCAGCCUCAUUAUCCAGGCGCUUGCCCACUAAAGCAGGCAGGAGUUGAACACUGUCCGCUUUGCGGCUCGGCACACUUUGGAAAGCGCCGCGCCUGUCCGCAUCUUCAAUCGCCUACUCAAAUUCACCGCAUGCUGGAUGCGCUUUCAAAGAGCAAGGAAGACCCAAAGCUCGUGGCCAUGGCCACAAAGUACCUGAGAGUUAUCUUCACAAGUGAGGCACAGCGCCAGCGCUUGAAGGCAGCAAUGGCUGCGGGUGCUGUUCAACACCCCGGGCCUACCCAGCGAGCUACGUCAUCCUCUCUACAGGCUCCUCCCAUGAGUGCCUUCGUACCUGCGCGGGUUCCUCAACAGGGUCUUCCUCCCGCUGCACAACAUCUUGGGGGUGCAUCAGCUUACAUUGAUCUCACUGGCCCUGAUUCUUCCAUCAGAGCCUCAAACAACACCAACCCGUCUCCUGCUCCGACUUCCACGGAAUCCAUCACCAAGCAGCUCCCUCCACAGUAG